AUGCAACAGGCAGAAGGAGCGCAUAUCGUCUGCUAUCCCUUGGGACGAAGUCAAUGCGACAAAGUGGCGUCCUGUUUUUACAGUUGCCUGGGAUGUGCCCGCAACGUGGCUGCCGCUGCCGCUCCAGACGUCCACUCAGAUGCCCAGUCCACGACAGCGCUGCCCAAUUGCCUAACCUAUCGACAAGUGACAGGCGCCGGCUUCAUUGCCGGCUCAGCGCCAGCCAGACGUGUCCCGGUGCUCUUCUCCACGAACCGUGGCUUGUACUUGCGUGUGGCAAGGCCGGCAUCGAUGCUGAGCCCACUUCUCACUGCGACUAAUCAGCAAUACGACAUUAGCUUUUGCGAUCUCGAGAGAUGGAGCACAAAUCGCGCCAAUGUUAUUAGCCUAGAGGACACAUUUAGCAUGCUGCAGCCGCAGCCGCAGCCACAGCUGCAGCACCAACAGCAGCAGCAGCAGACGCAACCACUGAACAGCUUUGCGGUUUAUAACAUACAGCGCUGA